UAUCAAAGAUAUCUAAGUUCCAUCCACAACACCCCCAACUGCUCACUUAGGCGCCGCCGCUGUUGCUGCCACUGCCACUGCCACUGGCGCUGCUGCCGCUGCUACCGCGGUCGGCGCUCAAUUGGUUGUCGCGCGCCGUGAUUGCGCAUCCCACGUCCCACGUCUCACGUCGCCGGGCGGAUCUUUCAGUUGACCAUGCGAGCGCGACUGAGCUGAUGCGCCCGCUCUGCCGCAGAUUCCCACACACACAGCUCACUGCGGCUGUCCUCAGGCCUCAGUCUGCAGUCUACAGUCUCCGUUUUCCGUUCUCCAUUCUCGAUCCGACAGUCCACUCGCGAUCUCGGUUACGUCCAGUCCAGCUCAGCCCGGUUCACCAACUGCGUAGCGCGCAAAAAUUGGGUUUAAUUAAAGUAUAAAGGCCACAGAGCUACGCUCAAUUACUGCGGCAGUACUCGGCAGUGAGUGCCAUGAGUCGCCACAGCCAGCUGAAGCUAGCGAUGCCAUCGGUGGCAUUUGUGCACGGGGCAUCGUCUUCGGCGUCGGCGUCGGCGUCGUCGUCCCGGGAGCGCGGCGUCAAGCUGGGAUUGGGUGUUAACCAGCAGACGGGACGGGUGCAGUGGUGUCCCGGCCUGACCUGCUGCAAACUGCUUCUGUUGCUUCCAGUGGUGAUGUUGCCGGUGACUCUGGUGCUAAUUCUGAUCAUGAGGCUGGACGGGAUGCUGGCGACUCUGCAGCUGAGCGAGCAGCGGAUGCGGGAUCAGCGGGCAGUGGCAUCUGCCAAUAUGCCCGGCUACAUGGAGAGCUACGAGUCGCUGCUGCCGGAGGGCGAGACCUACAAUGAGCUGAUCCACGACGAGUUCCUGGUGCCGCAAGCCAAGCGCUCCCACCUGGAGCAGCAGAUGGCGGAGCGGGCCAGGCGCUGCCAGCCCUAUCGCUAUGGCAACGGGGAGACCAUGGAUCUGGAGGAUCGCAGCACGCUGAUGAAGGAUUCGCGCACCUCCUUCCUGCCCCAGGGCAUGCCUCGGGAGUGCUUCUCCAACGACCUGGACCUGGACAUCGAAUCGGUGCCUGACGGCGAUUUCAACGAUGAUGAAGAGCUGCUGCGUGAGAUGAAUCGCUACCAGCAGAAGUCCGCACCCAAGAGAUACAAAGACUUUGCUCCGUACUGGCUGGAGCUGAGUCGCCAGCGUCGCGAGGCUGAGCAGCAGCGGGAAGAGGGCGACGAGGAACUGGCGGCACAGAUCAGCGAGGCGACCGCCGCCCUGCAGUCCUUCUUGAACGAGGAAGGGACGCGGGACGGUAUCCGCCAGACCCAGGCCCAGACCAUGAAGCGCUACAUGGACACUUCGGUGGAUCCCUGCGUGGACUUUUACAAAUAUGCCUGCGGCAACUGGGAGAAGCUCCACCCCAUUCCCAAGGACAAGGCUGGCUUCGACACCUUCGAGAUGCUGCGCGAGAGUCUCGACCUCGUCCUGCGGAAUCUGCUCGAGAAGAGCACUCCGAGCGGCAUUGUGCCGGAGGAUCGCAACAUUCAAGUGCGGAAUAACCUGAAACUGAACGAGCAGGGCAUGGAGCCGGACACAGAGACGGACCAGGCCGCGGAGCUGGUAGCGAAACGACUGCGCCGGCACAUUGUCAGCCGGAGGCAUCUGCUCAACCGCAUCCUGAUGCGCUACAAGCGGUUCACCAACAGCACCAAGCGGAAGCGCCUCAUCGAUCCGACGCGCGAGAAGACCAAGGAUGAAGUGGCCGGCGCCCUGCCCAUUCCCAGUGGCAAGGACAAGCAGCGGCAUGAAGUGGAUCCGCUCCAUGGCCCCAGUGACAGCGGCACCAGCGAGUACCUGAAGCCGAAGCACAAUGCCCAGCUCAAGGCCAAGCACCUGUACAGGUCCUGUGUGAACAGCCAGCUGCUGGCCAGACGGGGGCUGGAGCCACUCCACAGCCUCAUCCAGGACCUGGGCGGAUGGCCAGUGCUCGACCAGCAGUGGAGCGACGCCAAUUUCAACUGGCAGGUGCUGGCGGCCACCCUGAGGCGCUACAACAACGACAUCCUCAUCGUCCAGUGGGUGGGGGCGGACAUCAAGAACUCGGAGGAGAACAUAAUCCAGUUCGAUCAGACGGGUCUGGGACUGCCCACCCGCGAGUACUUCCUGCAGCCGAGCAAUGCCAAGUACCUGACGGCCUACCAGCGGUACAUGUCCGAGGUAAUGCAAAAAAUGGGGGCUGCCAAGAAGGAGGCCCUUAGCACAGCCAGAGAGCUGAUCGCCUUUGAGACAUCGCUGGCGGGCAUCACAGCGCCAGCGGAGCAGCGACUCAACGUGACCAAGCUCUACAAGCGCAUGACGCUGCAGCAACUGGAGGAUUUGGUGCCGGAGAUCGGAUGGACCGCCUAUCUGUCGACGUUGCAGGAUCGUGAGGUGAGCGACUCCGAGGAGAUCGUCAUCUAUGCCGUGGACUAUAUGAAGCAUCUGGUGACCCUGCUGGCCGAGACAGAGCCCCGCAUCAUCGCCAACUACAUGAUGUGGCGCUUUGUGCGGCACCGCAUCAACAAUGUGGACGAUCGGUUCGACGACAUCAAGCAGUCCUUCUACCACGCCCUGUUCGGGCGGGAGGAGAGUCCGCAGCGGUGGAAGGUGUGCAUCGCCCAAGUGAACACAAACAUGGGCAUGGCAGUGGGCUCCAUGUUCGUCACCCGCUACUUUGAUGACAACAGCAAACGGGACACGCUGCGCAUGACCCACGACCUGCAGCAGGCCUUCCGGGACAUACUGAAGAAGACGGACUGGCUCGACCAGACCACCAAGCAGCUGGCCGAGGAGAAGGUCAAUGCCAUGUCCCUGAAGAUCGGCUAUCCGGACUUCAUACUCAAUGCCGGGGAGCUCAACGAGAAGUACGCGGGCAUCGAAAUACACCCGGAGAAGUACUUUGAGAACACGCUGAAUGUGCUGCUGCACACAGCCCGGACGGAGCAGUCGAAGCUGCACGAGCGCGUGAACAAGACCAACUGGCAGACGGCUCCGGCCAUCGUGAAUGCCUACUACAGCCGGAACAAGAACCAAAUCAUGUUCCCCGCCGGUAUUCUGCAGCCGCCGUUCUACCACCGCCACUUCCCCAAGUCGCUGAACUUUGGCGGCAUCGGCGUGGUCAUUGGCCACGAGCUGACCCACGGAUUCGACGACAAGGGUCGGCUCUUUGACAGGAAUGGCAACAUACACAAGUGGUGGACAGACUCCGCCAUCCGGGGAUUCGACGAGCGUGCCCGCUGCAUCAUUGCCCAGUACAGCAACUACACGGUCGACGAGGUGGGCAUCGUCCUCAACGGCGAGAGCACACAGGGGGAGAACAUUGCGGAUAAUGGCGGCCUGCGGCAGGCCUUCCAUGCUUACAAGCGCUGGCUGAAGGACCAUCCGGAGCAGGUCGAGGAGGAGGUACUGCCUGGCCUGAACAUGACCGCACAGCAGUUGUUCUUCCUAAACUUCGGGCAGGUGUGGUGCGGGGCCAUGCGGCCGGAGGCCAUCCGCAAUAAGCUCAACACGGCCAUCCACAGUCCGGGACGUUUCCGCGUCAUCGGCACCCUCUCAAACUCCUACGACUUUGCCCGAGAGUUCCAGUGUGCCGCCGGCACGCCCAUGAAUCCCAUUACCAAAUGCAGCGUAUGGUAGUCCCGGAAGGCGCAGCACCCGACGCAGUUACCUAUAGCCUACGAGUAUUAUACAUACAUGAUGAUGUAUUCCGCGCAGUCCUAGCCCUCACCAGAUGCAUGCCAGUUGUUGCCGCAUAAGUAUAUCCCAACAGCAGACUGUCCGGAUAGUUCCAGUGGGAAGUUUCUCCUACAACAGUAAAGAUAAUGUGCCAAAAAUUGCGAUUUAUAUAUUUUCCUAGCCAUUAACUACUUUUACUUCUAAUUUGCAAUAUCUUAGUUAAUGAAACCAUUUAUGUUUGUGAUAAUUCUAAUUAUAUAUAUGUAAAUGACAAAAAAAAUACACAAACUUUCAAUAUUU